UGUUAUGAUGAACUAUGAACGUUAAAAAAUUCGUGAUGAAAGUCUGAAGUCACUUUUCUAUUUCAUUCUUUUUGUGUUGAUAAAAUAAAGUCUGUGUGUUGAAGAAAGCCGCGAAUUUUUCAUCAAUGCAUAGAACGGGUAGAACAGUUAAAGACAAAAACAAUACUUUGUCCUCUGAAGAUCUUAGAGAAAUUUUGCGUUCGGAUGAAUCGGAAGAUGAACUCGUUGAGUUUAUCAAAAAUUCUUUUCCCAAAAAGGGUCCAGCUAUCGGGAACAACAACAAGACAAGAAGCAGGACAAGUGCUAAACCUAAAGACGAAGAAUUAAUGCACGAAAUUGACCUAGAUACGGCUGCAUCAAUAACAUCACAACCAAACUCUACAAGGGCAAACGUCUACGAUUUGUCAGCUAAUGGAGAGUCUAUUAUAUUGGGAUGUAGAAAACGAAGUGCAAGACUUAGGACAUGUCUUGCUAUUGGAUUAUAUAUUUCAUUCUUUGCAUUGGGCAGCUCAGUAGCAAUACUUGGUCCCAGUCUACUUGAUCUCAAGGAUCAAGUGGGUGUUUCAUCUGAAAGCAUGUCGUCUAUCUUCACAGUGCGGUCGAUUGGUUACCUUAUUGGUUCCAUUAUUGCCGGCUGGCUCUUUGAUAAAUGGAAUGGUAACUUUUUCCUUGCUGCCGCAUGUAUUUUUGCUUCAGUUAGUUUGAUCAUUACUCCAUUUACAAGCUCAUUUGCCAUGUUGAUGAUUUCCAUCUUUUGUCAAGGACUGGCACUAGCAUUGCUUGAUACAGGUGGAAACGUGCUUAUCCUUAACCUCUAUGGGAAGAAUUCUGAAGCCCCAAUGCAAGCACUUCAUGCAAUGUUUGGUGGUGGCGCCUUUUUCUCUCCCCUUAUGGUAAGGCCGUUCCUAUCAAGUGCACAUUCCUCCGCCAGUCACGUGCAAAGCAUUAACAUCUCGGCCAACAUGACAUUAAACGCUACAUCCCAUCAAUCACAUUCCGGUCUAAGGUACCCUUACGCAAUAACAAUGCUACUGUUCCUAAUUCCUAUUGUCAUAUUCAUGUUGGCCAGCUGUCGCGACGAUGGUCACAAUGAAAGUCGGCAAAUUUCGGCUUCGGUCGAAAGUUCAGAUAACCGAGCCUACAGAGGUUUCACCUUGGUCCUUUUAUUCAUAUUUUUGUUACUAUAUGUUGGUUUGGAGGUGGCUAUUGGUGGUCUAAUCUUUACCUAUGCCGUCCAGCAUCAAAUUUUAAAAUCCAAGUCGCUUGCGGCAUACCUUACAUCAACCUUCUGGGGAAGUUUUUGUCUUGGUCGUUUCGUAUCGAUACCGCUGUCAACUUACGUGCGAGCCUAUCGAAUUCUCCUGGUUGAUUUACUCUGUGCCUUUCUAGGUGCGUGUUUAUUGAUAAUUUUCUCCGUCCACUACCCAAUAUGGUUAUGGUUGGGAACGGCUCUACUCGGUCUCAGUAUGUCCUCCGUCUUCCCGUCCACAAUGACCUGGGCGGAGACAUUCAUGCAUAUAUCAAGUAGAACGGCAUCCAUAUUAGUGGUUGGUGCCAGCUUGGGCGAAAUGACCAUCCCGUUUACUAUUGGUACAUUGAUGUCACGUGGCGGUCCCCAGGUUUUCCUACGCUCCAUCUUGGUCAUUGUUAUUUUAGCAAUCUUCGUAUUUAUUAUGGCGUCGUUUUUAGCGCGUCGUCAAAAGAAACAGGAUAUUAAUGGUGUGGGCUUUCAUUAUCACAAAAGUAAUGCUGAGCCAUCAAACCACGGACUGUUUUCGAAAUCGAAAGGUGAUGAAGUAAUUCAAUUAUUAGAGGACAGUAGCGAAAUAUUUUCUACAGAAAACUGAUUGUUUUUAUGUAUUGACAUUUCAUAAUUGGGAUGGGGGUACUCGGGUAAAUUGAGGGAGAGUUUAUCUCACAUCAUGGAAUGCUAUGUAUUUUGUAAAAAAAAAUGUUGACCCUAGUGGUUUCAUUAAGAAAUAA